AUGAACAAUAUAAAAAAAAACAGAUUCUUGAUAAGGAUUGUGACAGAUUCUAGUGGCCAAUCAAAGGGGUAUGGUUUUGUUCAAUACGACGCUGAAGAAUCUGCACAAAAAGCCAUUGAAAAACUAAAGGACAUGCUUUUAAACGACAAACAAGUAUACGUGGGACCCUUUUUGCGCAAACAAGAAAGAGAACUAGUUGUCGACAAGACAAAGUUUACUAAUGUCUAUGUCAAAAACCUGUCCGAAUCAACAACAUAUGAUGAUCUAAACAAGACAUUUAGUGAAUUUGGAACUGUGACAAGUGUUGUUGUGAUGAGGGAUGCUGAAGGGAACUCCGAAUGCUUUGGAUUUGUUAAUUUUGAGAAUGUUGGUAAAGCAGUGGAAGGGCUUAAUGGUCAGAAAUUUGAUAACAAAGAAUGGUAUGUUGGAAAAGCACAUAAGAAAUACGAAAGGGAACAGGAAUUGAAGCAAAGAUUUGAAAAGAGUAUGAAGGAGGCGAGUGCAAGAACUCUAAAAUGUAAUUUCUUGGAAUGGCUGGAAGAGGAUGACUACACAGUAGAGAAAAAUAGCAAUUUGGGACAAAUCUACAACCUAACAUUGAAGCUUGGAAAUUUGGAAAAGGAAAUUAGUAUAUGCAGGAAGAAGUUGGAAGAAGAAAAGAAUUUGGAUUUGGUGUUCAGAAAAGAACUGGACAAAGUCAAAUGUAAGUUGUUUACUCAUAAAGUUGCAUUGUUUGUGAAGUUUUGUAUGUAA